AUGGCCCGUCUUGACCGUCUCCCGCCGCUCCCACCACCGCCUCAUGCGCCACUACGGCAGCACGGACACUUCCCGCCACAUGGUUCCUCUCGCAAGUGGGGCGCACGCGCCGAUGCAGUCAGGCAUGCAUUCUUGCACGCUUACGCAGGCUAUCAGGAGUAUGCGGGGCAAAACGACGAGCUCAAACCUCUCUCGGAGGGCGCUGUGAACAACUUCAAUGGUUGGAAGCUCACGCUCGUAGACGGGCUGGAUACCAUGUGGAUUAUGGGCCUCCACGACGAGUUCUAUGAUGCAGUGACGAAGAUAGCAGAGCUGGAUUUCAAUCUAGAAGAGGGUUCGUUUGCUCCCUUUUUCGAAACGGUGAUCCGUUACCUCGGCGGAAUGCUCUCCGCAUAUGCUCUCUCCGGCGAGCCCGUACUCCUUGGGCGCGCAGACGAACUUGGCUCGAUGCUACUGCCCGCGAUGAAGACGGAUUCAGGCCUUCCAAUGUACGCCGUGAACACUAAGACUGGCGAAACGAGACAGGGAUGGACACGGGGCACCGUGCUCUGGGCAGAGGCGCUCAGUUGCCAGCUUGAGUACAAGUACCUCGCACAUCUCACUGGCAGGCAGAAUACUUCCAGCGCGUAUGCUCGCAUGCUUUAUUGCCACUAUGUCAUCACUCAACGAGAGCAGGUCGAGCACAUCAUGGACCUGAUGAACAGUGCAAAUGUGACGGAUGGGAUGUUCCCGACGAAAUGGGACCUUAUCAAUGGCAUUCCUACAAACACCCAGUUCUCCGUCGGCGCAUUCGCAGACAGCGCGCAUGAAUACUUGCUGAAGCAAUGGUUGCUCACUUCGAAGUCUGAGCCCAAAGCGCGCGACCUCUAUGUUCGCGCCUCCACCAGCAUCAUCGAGAACCUGCUUUCCUCACGCCCAAUCCUCACGCCGCGCGUGCGCGACAUCCACGCAUGGGCAGCGCAGGGGCUCGCGUAUACAUGCUGGAUGACGUACGCAGACCAGGACGCCGGGCUGGGCCCCGAUGAGAUGCGCAUGGACCACCUGCCGAAGAGCGAGGAGGACCCGUAUGGCGGGCUGUGGUUGUACCAGGUGGACAAGUGGGAGGAGGCGGGUCGGCCGGGGGGCGUGCCGCCGGGUUUGAAGGAGGGCCCGCGGAUGCCAGCGGGGAAGCGUGAUUAUCGUGCGCAGAAGGCGGGGUACUUUUUGCGGCCAGAGACGGUGGAGAGCUUUUAUCUGCUCUGGAGGACGACGGGCGACGAGGUGUGGCGGGAGCGCGGCUGGGCGGUGUUCCAGGCGAUCGAGCGGGAGACGAAGACGAAGAGCGGGUACGCAAGUCUGCAGAGUGUCGAGAAGUCCCCGCGCCCCAGAAGGAUGAGAUGCCCAGCGGUAUCGGCGCAGUUUUUCUUGGCAGAGACAUUGAAGUACCUAUACCUGCUGUUCACGGACGAGGAGCUUAUACCACUGGACCAGUGGGUCUUCAAUACGGAGGCACACCCUCUGCCUGUUUUCCAAUGGACAGAUUGGGAGAAGAAGGCAUACGGACUCAACUAA